AUGCACGAAGCGGAUGAGAGCGCAAGGAUCGACAUUUUACGCGACAAGAGCUUGACCAAUAGUCAGACUGAGGCGACGGAUGUGGCGGCUUUAACGCAAGCUCUGGACGCCGAGCAAGUGGACGUGGCAGUGCAUUGGCUGCAACUUUUGCUGCUCUCGCGGACUGGAGGUCCACCGACGCACCACAACAAAACUCUGAAGAGCUCGAGAGUUCGGCGACUGAAAACACUACAGAAUGCGGUGGCACAAAUGCUCGACGACUAUGACAAACACCCAGAAGAGACAGGGCUCAAGUUGCGUCCUGGAUUGGCCGUGAGGACAGGAGCUUUGAGCUGCGAAUUGUCGUAUCCACAGCUGCAGAUGUUCGCGUUGCAACGUUUACAGCCAUCCAGCACGACAUACAAUGUGGUGCGGGCAUUGCUGCUCAGUGAUUUGCCUUUGGAUUUCGCUGCGUUGCAGGGAACUUGUGAUGCGUUGAUGGCCAAGCACGAGAUGCUGCGUACGUGCUUUGAUGUUGACACGAAUAGUGGAGGGCAACCGCGGCAGUUUGUGUAUCCGCUGUCACAUUUUCGAGAUGAAUUGGGAGUCGUUAGAGUCAUACAGACUGAAUUGUUGAAGUAUACAUGUAGGUGUAGUGAGGGGCUUUUGCAAGACGCGGAACUUGCCUCUUUUGUGGCAAAAACCAUUGACGAACCGUUUGAUUUGGCACGACAUGCACCGCUUCGGGUGUAUGCAAUUACGUGCUCUGAGCAGGAAUCCACCUCGCAAUGGAUCCUUGCAGUAGUAUUGCACCAUAUCGUCACGGAUGCAGCCUCCAGUCAGCUUUUCUGGAGCGAUUUUCUUGAACGCUAUGAGCGUUUUUUGCACGAUGAUCACGUUACAAUACAAGGGAUCGUGCAGAACAUGGAGACGAAGACAUCUAGUGCCUCUCACUUGACGUACCGAGACUUUGCAGUUUGGCAACGCUCACGAAUGCGAUCCGGUGUGGCUGCGCCGUUGUUACAGUAUUGGACACAGCAACUUACAGAAGGUGGGGUGCCUCUGUUACUUAAGCUUCCCUUUGACAAGGAGGACCCUCACACACCUGACGGUCAAGAGUCCACCGUACCAGAAGCGACCACAGCAAAAGGUGACGUCGUCGUGUUCAGGUCAUCAUCUGCUUUGCAAAAAGCUUUCUCAGAUCUCUGUCAUUCCCAGAGCUCGAGUAUCUUCAUGGGUCUCCUCGCUGUCUUCUACUUGCUAGUGGAGCGUUUAUCUGGUCAACAAGACUUUGUGAUCGGUGCUCCCUCGUCCGGACGAGACGCUGCUGAGUUGCAGGACAUCAUGGGAUACUUCGUUAACACUCUACCGCUGCGUCUCGGCGGAAAAUUCGCAGGAGAUGAAGAUUUCAAGAGUUUCUUGAAAAAUGCUCGCAAAGUUGUGCUGGGCGCCUACAACAACAUGGAGAUUCCUUUCCACAAGGUUCUGGAACACCUACGUGCUUCAGCUCACAGCAACGACGACAUUGAACGACGAUGGCAACAUCCACUUUUCCAGGUUAUGUUUUCUUGGGAACAAAGUGAGGAUACGUCGAGUACCAAGUACACGGAGCUGGAAUUACCACAUCAGUCUGCCAAAUUCGACCUCAUGUUGUCCAUGAGAUAUCGUCGCCUUAACGGAGGUACAGAGCGCGUGUUAGAGGGGUCCUUAGAGUACCCCACGGCUCGAUUUAUGCGAUCGACGGUCGAACGGUUCUCGAGAUAUUAUCUGGCAUUAAUGGAACAAGUGACGAGCUCUCCUACUGCUUUAGUGAGAUCUCCAGCCAUUUCCAUGCUCUCCAGGUCCGAACGAGAGCAGCUUGUCUCUGUAUGGGGUAUGCCAAGGCCUCCAGCUUUACUUAGACCGCCUUCAGAGUUUCUAGACGAAUGUUUGCUUGCUCAAGUGUGGAAAACCCCGGAUCAUCCAGCCCUUCACUUUGAGGGCACGCAGUGGACAUACCAGGACUUGUGGAAGUACAGCUGCCGCGUCACCAGAGCCUUGUGCAUGCUGGAUAUCUCUGGUUGUUCCGCUGAGCUUCAUAUCGGUCUGCUCUUGGAUCGAGGAGUGGAAAAUGUUGCAGCCAUGAUCGGAAUAUUGCGGUUGGGGGCAGUUUUUGUGCCGCUUGACCCCGAGUUUCCUCGUGAGCGUCUGCGUUAUAUGACUCGUGAUAGCGAACUUCAAGUGAUCAUCACGCAACGGAAACACGCAGAGAUCGCUGCGUUUGUGUCGUCACGAGAGUCAGAGGAAGAACUUGCCCCACGAGUUUUAAACUACGAAGAUGUAGAUCGUCUAACCUCGCUUCUGAAGAGACAGAAGCUAGACCCCGAUACAGCAACUGCUUACAUCCUCUACACCUCUGGGUCGACAGGUAAUCCGAAGGGCGUUGUGGUGCCUCACGCUGCUUUGAUGACAACUCUUUGGUGGACAGUACGCACGUAUGAAGUGACGUCAAGUGACGUUUUCCUCCAGAGCACAUCGACGACUCUGGACGGCUCGUUAUCUCAACUUUUUUCGCCUUUACUCGUUGGCGGAAGCGCACGAAUCACUCGUCCAAAGGGGCUCCACGAUCUGCAGUACAUGCGAAAUGUGCUGCUGGAAGCUCCUCACAUCUCGUUUUGUGUAUUUGUGCCGUCAUAUUUCUCGCUGAUCGUGGACUAUAUGAGUGAAAACGGUGAUACUUUUCCAGCUUCCAUCAAGCACGUUAUACUGGCGGGUGAGGCUUUUCCCAUUGAACUUGCACGUCAAUUCUACAAGAAACACCCGGCCUGUUCUACGUGUCUUGUCAAUGAAUACGGACCCACUGAGGCGUCGAUAACUUCGACAGCUUUUCGGAUGCCUCGAGAACUGGCGAUGCAGAACGAGUCAAGUCUUUUUCAAGGACUUCAUAGUGUACCCAUCGGAAAACCGAUAGACGAGCAUCCGGUGGUAGUGCUGGAUGCUCAGAGAAGACUCGUUCCAGUGAACGUCCCUGGUGAGUUGUACAUUGGUGGAGCAGGGGUGGCUCGUGGCUAUUGGCGUCGUCCAGAACUCACCGAGAACUCGUUCGUUCUUCACAAAAAACUCGAAGAAAUCGCGUCACUAGCUCAGAAGCGAACACGAAGAUGGUACAAAACUGGGGAUUUGGUGAAAUGGCUACCUAGUGGCGAGUUGGUGUUUCUCGGACGCACAGAUGCCCAAGUGAAGCUUCAUGGGAUGCGAGUCGAGCUACAAGAAGUGCGCAACAUUCUACUGCGCUCUUCAAGCAUCAAGGCAGCUGAGGUGCUCUCAGUUCCUCAGUUGACCUCGCCCGGUCAGAAGCAACAGCAAAUGUCGUCGACGCUCGUAGCUUUCGUCAUGCCAGCUGAGAGUAUCGACGAAUUAUCGGUCCGAGACGGUUAUUUAACCGAGUUACGCGCGUAUCUUGACCAGCACCUUCCACUUCACAUGGUGCCUCAGUCGAUUCAAGUUGUCAGUAGCUGGCCACGCACACCAAACGGGAAGAUCGAUCUUCGAACGCUCGCAAGUUGGGCUGGCUCAAACUCGACAGACUCUCGUCCUGGAGAACAAAAGAAAGAGUCUACUAUUACAGUACAGUUAGCUACGGACAUUUUACGGCAGGUGUGGAUGCAGGCUCUAGAGCUCCAGCCUGUGGAUGGUGACCAAGACAUGGACGACAAACUCGAAGCGAACUUAAUGUCCAAGUCUUUCUUCGAACUGGGUGGCGAUUCGCUGGCGGCUAUCCGAGCGAUUGCUCUUGCGCAAGCACGGGGACUCUCCUUAGCCCUUGAGCAGUUCUUCCGCACGUCAUCGCUGUGCAGCUUCGAUGCGAAGAAUACACGCACAGUUUUCCUGUUUCAUGACGCUGACGGGACUGUCUGGAACCUGCUGGAACUAGCUCGACAAUUGCCGCUUGCGGUCGUCGGAGUUCAAGCAACCAACUCGCAGUUUUCUAGUCUUGAAGAACUCGCUAAAUUCUACUGGAAUAGUAUCCAUACUCGUCAGAACGCAGGUCCGUAUGCUCUCGGAGGCUUCUCGUUCGGCUGCCGUGUAGCCCACGAAGUAGCACGCUUAGCGGUGAGAGAGGGACACGAACUUGUGCCUCUUAUUCUGCUGGACGGCCUACCAUUCGAGAUGCCGAGCUCCAAGCAAGUUACCGAGGAGGAAGCGACUGCGACUCGACUUCGCAUUGAACAGUAUACGAAUGAAGCAUUCGGAGACGCCCUGCUACGUCCAUUAGGAGACAACUAUAUCCACUUUUGCGCCAUGGAAGAGAUGUACCAGCCGUACACAACGGCGGAAGUGGAGACUGCGUGUUCCAGUUCACAGCCGCCAGUGUGGCUCCAAGCUGACUUGUACAUGACGCAGCGGUGGAGCGCAGACAUCUCGCUGUAUCGAGCACUUGGAAUUGAUAUCACAGCUGUAUCUACCAUUUCAGACUGCACGCAUCUAACGAUGUUACGGCACCCCAGCGUAGACGUGGUAGCGCGACAGAUACGGCAACACAUUGCUACAAGGAUAACUACAUGUAGUGAGAUGCAAUGCCCAUUCCAUAUCAAUGAAAGGUUAUGA